CAUCAUUCCAAUAAAUGGCUCUUAUCGCCCUGCACAACUCGUAGCCUUGUAUGUAUAAUCAACUAUUCUUUGCUCGCUAGCAUUUCCAUCCAAGAACAUCUAUAUCUCGCUUCUCGUUUCAAGGUCUACCCCCAACUUUGCAUCAUAUUAACUUCAGGAUAUCCAAUGCAUCCAGUUGCUUGAGCCAUAUUUCCGUCCUUACAACGGCCCAGGGCCAGCUUAACGGCGAAGAAUCCAGGAACCUCAACAGGACGGGUUGUAGGCCGUCAAAGCCUUUUGCUGGGAUCCUGUCAGCAUGGACGUGCCUCCCGAGACCUUCCCGUUCUCAUCGACUUCCACCCGGCACGAUACUAUGUCGACCAUGAGCAGUGAUAAGCAGCCCUCGCUUCCCUCGGGCAGAUGGCCAAUUACCAUCCAUGGUAACUGUGCUCGGUGUGGUCACCACCACAAGGCUGCUACGAUUCAGAUACACGUCGUUGAAGGCAUCUGCGAAGCGAGCCACGUCAUUUGCGACCACUGCGGUCAAAAAUGGCUUACCAUCGGUGGGCUUAACAGCACGCAGAUAUCUCUGCUCAGUACCGUUACAACGGAGUUAGAUUACGGGGAAAUCAACUUUCGCUACACUCUAUUCAGCAUGGUGCGAUCGGCAGCCUCAAUCGCCUUACCAACAGCCUUGGCCAACGUUCCUGAAGAUCCUUCGCCGUUACCAUCUCGCAGCUCUUCGGCACUAUACGCUCGCAAUUUUUCCGAUGCGUCUGUGAAUUCUGAACGAAGAAGUCUUCGGGACUAUCGUACCAACGCUUUGCCCGAUGAUGAUGUCGAAGCGAGACCGACGCAAGUGCUGGGUGACGGGCCUGUAGCAGAAAUCUCUACGCCCGGCCCGCCAAAGAAUGGCUCAACGGCGCUCAGGGUCAUCAAACGCAAGCUCACAAAGGCUUUCGGCGUCUUAAAACAAGUUCACUACAAGGCGCUAUACCACAAGUCGAGAAGAUUUAAGCUAACGGCAGAACGCGAUGGGAAGGAACCAAACACUGAAACGGGUAUGCAAAGACAGAUCACGUCACCUGACAUAGUUGCGUCGGUGUCAUCGGAGAAUGAGAGACCGUCCAGGCAUGUCGGAGAUGAUAAUAGCGGAGCUGCAAAGAUGACUGGGCAGAUCAUCGAGGACCUGAAAUCCGUCGACAAGGAGACCAUUCGCAAUAUGACGCCAAAGCAGCGUGAUACAUGGAUUCGAGAGCGUAUCACGGCCUAUAAGCGAUCAAGGUCGCGUUCUGCCCUCCAGCGUGACUGCAAGCGACGACACUCGACCUCUUCCAUUGGCGAUUACAUUCUGCUACCACAUCGUUCAGCCACCACACCAACCUUUCAGCGCUAUUCUCUUGAUCAAAUGGGUAGUCAGUUUGACGCACUCCCUCCAGAUGCCUUCUUCAAUCAUACCGGGCCACUGACAAUCAGUGCGACCAGAAUAUCAGAGGCAGAUACCGCCGUUGAGUACCAGGAGGAUCCCUCAAGCCCGCGGUCCUCACAGCAAGCAGGUCGCUCCCGCUCGCCACGUCCAGCGUCUUUGUUCCGCACUCGAUUGUCCUGGCAGCAAUCCCGCCACGCUCGUACGCAACGUGAUUCUUUGGACUCAGUACUUGCAAAUACGAUUCGUAACUCGCGCGGAUUGGAUCGACUCUCACUCGCUUCUGUCGCUCCUCAGGACAUGUUGACCGGUGGUGACGCUCUGGAGUUAUCCUCUUCCGCCAAUCCUGUGGUGGAAGAGGUAUCUACGGUCUCUCACCCAUCCGAGAGCUAGACUCGAACGGUCGAGUGUGAACCAGGGUGUAUUGGCCCUGCACUACUCGUUCGAACGUCGGUGUUUCAGUGUGCCUAAACCGUAUGCCUGACAUGCUCAGUGUUGAAUUUGGCAAUUCCUUUCAUCUUUUGAAACCAGAUCGCGUUUAUGGAAGGUAUCGACAGGAAUGAUUAUAAGCGAAAUUGGUCUGCAAACAUUCGGAAUACCCAUCGAAGUCCAC